CCUCACGUCAUGGACGCUGAUGAUUCCCCAGAAUGCAGCGCGCCGCCCCUUCCUUUUCCUCCAUCUUGGAUGCCAGUGAGGGUGAGUGUACACGGCGUCUCUUAAUACAUUCAAAUAUCGCCGGUCUGGCUCUCGUGGCUCCGGUAAUAGUCACCGAGCCGGGGGCAGCACUUCUCGCAGUAUGUCCUGGGGCGGGUGGUUGCUGUGUGCGGGGCUGGAUGGCCGGGAUGCAGGGCGGAUUGUGUUGCCGGGGGUGGUAGGGGUUCUCUCCAGCCGUGUCUGACAUGGAGACUCGGCCUCUCACCGCGAACACAGUGACUAACGCUGACCCGUAACAUUCCAUGCAGAGACUCCAUGUAGAGCCUGGUGUAACACUCCAUGUAGAGACUCCAUGUAGAGCCUGGUGUAACACUCCAUGCAGAGACUCCUGUGCAGGAAUAAGCUCCAUGCUUCCCCAUGCAACACGUCCCCCAUGUAACCUCAAGGCAGAGCUAGUCUGUGUGUGUAUAGAUUACUGUGUCAUUUCCAUGGUCUCUGUGCUCGGGGUGUUUACAUGAGCCUGUGUGUGUGUGUGUGUGUGUAUCGCAGCUCUGUGAUCAGCUAUCAAUGAGAUAUAUAAUAGGUGUAGUGAGAUGUCCAGACAUACCUGACAUUAUUUUACUGGUCUAUAUUUAUCUUCAUAAAGUGCAUUGUGUGUCUCUCACAUACACACACAACCCCAGUGCCAGUUACUGUAUUAUGUUGUGUAUAUGGCUAAUUAUGUUGUGUUCAUAAUGUCAUUAUGUCAUAAUCUGUCAUUUGUAAUGCUGUGCUAGAAUACUGCAUUUACAUUGCCAACCAAUUGGCUUCCUAAAUAUUUAGGCUAGCAUUGACAAUUCACAUUUGGAAAUCCUUCUUCUUGUGUAUAAGUUGCACUUUUCUAACUGAUCGCUAUUGCUCAGUGUUGUAUUCCAGCCUGUGACAGUGGUCUUUUGCUGUUAUAGUGUGGGUGGUAGGUUAGAAAAGUGUUGCAGGUGCUGAUAUGGUGGGUUAGGAGAUUUGAGCACAAGCUAUUGAGAGCUUUAAAUGUUUUUGUAUUGAGUAACCACUUAGUGUAAAUAUGCAGUUUUCGCAGUGUAAUAAAAUUGUUUUAAAAGUCAACUGAUAAAUCCAAGUAUUGCUAAUAUAACAUUCUCCCCCCUCUCCUUUUUUUUUUUUUUCAGUACUGCACCAGGAUAAUAUAAACCCAAGAUGUCUGGGAGGUAUGUUCUUAAAUCAUAUCACUCUGGAGGUUUUGAAAGGUUACUUGUAAACAUGUCCUUUUGGUAACUUCAUUCACUGUCCUUUCAGACUCUGGUGCAAAGCCACCUUUGCUGGCUAUAAGAGAGGUCUCCGAAAUCAGAGAGAACACACAGCUCUCCUGAAAAUUGAAGGAGUUUACGCUCGUGAUGAAACAGACUUCUAUCUGGGCAAGAGAUGCGCCUAUGUGUACAAAGCAAAAAAGUGAGUUUUUAUAUAUAUAUAUAUAUAUAUAUAUAUAUAUAUAUAGUUUUUUUUUUUUAAUAUACAUAUGUAUGCAUGUAAAUGCAUUUAUGUAAUAUCUUAUGAGAUGUUUUUUGUUUGAGUUCUCUUCAUUGCAAUGGUUAAUUUAAAAAAUAAAACGGAACCUGUCCUGUUGACAAGUUCGUUCAGGUAGGUAUAGCCUUAGUCUAUAAUAUCUGGUAGAAUAACAAUAAAAAAUAUAUAUUUUAGUAUUACAAGGGGGGUUGGCUGCACUCACCUGAACAUGCAUAAAUGGGGGUGCUGCUGGGGGCCAAAUUAUAAAAUACACAAGAUCCAGCGCACAUAGUCGAUAGGUGAGUGCGCUGGAUCUUGUGUUUAUAUAUUCGAGAAUUCACUCUAAACUUCAAAUUUAAGGCCAUAAUGGACUAGGAAAAUGAUAAUGUUUAGCUACUGUGGCCUUAAAUUUGAAGCUCAGUUUGAAUUCCUAAUAAUUUUCACUGCUAUUGUUACACUAAAACGUUGCAUGUUUUCAUUACGAAGUCAAGCCCCAAUAUUUAAUGCUAAAUGUAACUCUGCUAGUGACAUGCUUAAACAGUAUGUUGUGCUUCAUACUACUGUCCAUUCUUAUCGUGUUUCAGUUUACUUCACACUGAGGUGUCAGAUCCAUACUAAUUGCACAAGGUGCAUUUCUUUUCAUAGAGUAGCAACAAGAGCACUGCCUUAGUUAUGUAGAGUCAAUACAGUAAAUAACUACAGAUUUUGGAAGGUGCAGUAGUUCAAAUUGUUUUAUCUGCUUGACCGUUAUUCCCAUUGCCCACUACUGUAUGUGAAGUGCUAAAUGGUAGUCAUCUUUUUGAAUUAAGAAUACUACAUGAACUCCGGAUUCCGCCACGGGGGCCCUCACCCCUUCCUCCCCUCCCCCUUCCUUCCCUACCCCUACCUUAUCUACAACACCGUUGCUAGAAAUGGGACCAAGGAUAUCAGUACCUAACCACACAGGGCUCAGGUCGAUAUCAAACAGGUCCCCCUGCAACGAGAACGGUCUCACGCCUAAUAACACGGCUUACUAUGAGCUGAAACCAAAGCUUGACAUUUGCGGUAAUUAUAAUACCCAGUUAUUGUAUGUUUUCCUUUCUUUUUCCUUUUUAUUGUAUAACUCUUAUAAUUUCUCACAAAAUGUGUGUAUGAAAAAUGACACCAACUAGCACAUUCUUACAAAACGACCACAAUCACGCGAACUGUAACGAUGGUAUAAUCAGAUGUAAACUGGAUUUACGGAUUGGUUACCAACCAAAGCGGAUUAGUGCCUACACCGUGUAAUGCAUGUGGUUCUUCAUCAUUGUAUCACACUGUCAUGCCAAAAAUAAAGAAUAAAAAAAAAAAAAACUACAUGAAGCUUUAGAGUGGUUUUUGUUGAGUCCUACAAACUACCUUCCCUACACAGUGCCUACUUUAAAGUAACACUAUAGAGCCAGGAACACAAAAUUUCUGACCCCUAUAGUGUUAAAAUCCAAUUUCUCUGGGGGAAAAAGGUGUUUACUGCAAAAAGCCUGAAUGGACUGAUUCUACUCACCAGAACAAAUACAAUAAGCUGUCGUUCUGGUGACUAUAGUGUCCCUUUAAGGAUAGUUUGAUCCAUCUUAAAGUGGCACUGUUGCCGUCUCCCUGCAAAUUGACUGUUUCAUAAAAAUAAAAUCUUCAAUUUCACUGAAAUUACAACCCAGUCAAAAGCUAUACUGAGACAAACCAUGGACCAGAUGUCCCCACUGUCCAAUGCAGGAAAUUGGUUCGAUCUAUUGAGGGUCUCGUGGAAUCCACCAUAAACUUUAGUGCUGUACCCCCGCAUAUUUAACUGCAAUUUCCAUACUUUUUUUUUUUUUUGUAAUGUUUUUGGCCCACUGGUCUAUUUGAUAUGACUCUGUGCUCUUUGUCAAUCAAGUUCAAUGCUUUCAUAAAGCCAUAUUUUAAACAUUUAUUUUUAUUUUUUUUAAGCAACACAGUAACUCCAGGUGGCAAGCCCAACAGGACCCGUGUAAUCUGGGGAAAGGUGACCCGAUCUCAUGGUAACAGCGGGAUGGUUCGUGCCAAGUUCCGCUCUAACCUCCCAGCCAAGGCCAUUGGACAUAGAAUCCGUGUGGUAAGUCUGAGGGAUAUGAUCAAAAAAAAAUUGACUUAAGUAAAACUUGAAAUUAUUUUUUGUUUAAGACAAAUCUAACACUGUCAUUUUUUUCUCCCCUUAAUAGUUUUAAUUACAAUACAAAUAGCUGGGUCUUGUCUGUUACCAUUGUAGCAAGUCACACCAACAUACCAAAUUUAUGUCUAAAUGUAGAUGUGUCCCAUUACGAAGAAAACUAUUACAGCCCUCUCCAAGUGUACAUAUGAAGUAAUUUAACACUUUCUAGUAAAGUCCAUUAGCUGAUGAUGGUGGCAAAACAAAAAAUGAGUGUUGGAAUUAUUUUCUCAUUGAAAUGUGCUUUGGUCAGACCAUGACUUUGUCCUCCAUUUUGUGUCAUCAUUGCACCUAUAGGUCUAUCAUGGCUACUGCACACACUUAGUUUAACCAGGUUUUUCAGAUUGAUGUGCUUUUUAUAGUCUUAAUGAGCUUCAGUUCUAUGCUGUUUUUUGUUUAUAUUGUUGUGCUUAAAAAGUGAUGUUCUAUGCUACUAGACAAGUCAUAAAACUUUUUUGCCACUGCAAGGUAUAGGGUGAAUUUCUACUGCCAGAGCUAAAUUUCCAUUUGCCAAUGGUCUGCACCAUGUAGAAAUUUUGAGCCUUGUGUACAACUGUACUGCCAUUGUGAAAAUGUUCUGUCAAAACCUGUGGUACUAAUUAUGGCUGUAAAUGGCUUAGAGUGCAGUCCCACCAUUGUUGGCCUAUCGUAGCUGUCUAAAGCUUAUUUUAGACUUUACAGUGCAGUGUGUGCCUUUUAAAUUAUCCUUGUUAUACCAGUUGUAUUCGAACCAUGCUUAUUGCUGGAUAGCAUAUUUUCUAACAGUGUAAAUGUCAAACAGGGUUGUUUACGUAAAGUGAAUUUUCAAAUAAAAGUCCAAAAUAGCUAACUUUGCAGAAAUCUCAAAGCUUCCAGGUUGGCGCUUUUGGUCUAAUAUUUUUAAAUUCUUUUUGAGUUCCUGCCAAUUCUAGCUUUUGGUUUCUGGUUAGUGCUCAUUUUCCCCAUUUAUUAUGGGCAUAUACAUUUUUCAAAUCAGAUUGAAAUUUAAAGGUGCAGUCUAAGCAUUAUGACCACUGUGUGCAUUGUGCUUAUGGUGUGAGUCUCCUCCACUGGUUCCAUGUUAAAAUGCUUUCAAGUGAAUUUUUUUUUUUUUUUUUUCUAAAGCGAGAGGUGGUCCUGUAAUACCCAUUGUAUAGCACUUUUUGUGUUGCUCAUGCUGACCUUCCAUUUCCACAUUAGCAAUAUAAACUUUGUUGGCAUUUAACAGGCUGAGUGCAUUAGCUGACAAGUUUUUAAUUCUGAGCGGGAAGGAAACUUGAUUCACAGCCUGCUAGCCCCAUCAUCACGUGCUAGCAGGCUGCUCCAUAAAACGUUUUUUUUUUUUCUUUUUCUUCUUCUUCUUGAUGUAUUUGGUAUUCAUUAUGUCCUAUGUCAACCUUCAGUAUUUAUGUGAAUUUCAUAAGAGGGCUUGCAUGGUGAUCAGGGCAGUGCUUUUUUUUUGUUUGUUUUUUUGGUCCGAAGGGCAUCUCUAGGGUGUUUUCAUGCAAUAGAUUCUGCAUGAAUGGGGAAACGUUAGGAUUGUAUAAUACACUUAAUGUUAUUGAUACACCGUACACUGAAAUUGUGUGGCUUUUACUAAACCUUUUUUUUUUUUUUUCUUAUAUUUUACAGAUGCUUUACCCAUCAAGGAUUUAAAUAUUACCAUUUGAAAAUAAAACCAUUCUGGAUCUUGAUUUUUGAGGCUUUUUUUUUUAUGUUGAAUGUAUGUUUGUGUUAAAGAAGUAAGUUCAGUUUGUAUAAAUGCAAUGGCAUGUGAGUGAAAACUGUGCAGAUUGACUUAUUGAUAAUAAUAAUAAUAAAAAGAAAUCUCACUCCUAGAGUGUAGUGUGUUUACAAAAGCCUUGAAGUUGCCAUUAGUUUACCUGGGGUACGCCAGGAACUUUUCCUGCUGAAAAUGUCUGGCUUUCUUGAGCUAAAUCCUGCACUACUGGGCAUAGGUCUUUGCAAAGAUCUUCCUGCUCUUAUGGAGGAUGUGACCAGCACCCAGCAGAUUCCUAUUUUGUUGUUAUACAUUUAGGAAAGGUUUUGAUUACUUAUAAACACUGUAUAAAUAAUUGAAAUGGAGUUGCAAUACAUUUAAUGAAAUCAGUAUUGUAACAAAGCUAAUAUUGGUGUAAAAUAUAACCUUUUAAAACUUUAGGCUGCUUCAACUGUCUGAUUUAAAGAAAUCUGUCAAGCACUGGAUUGCUCACUCCUUUCCUAUGCUCACUAGCAGCACUGUGGUUGCUAUGCUUGAGAGAGCAGAAUAGUUGGCCUGUAGAAAGUCUCUUCUGCUCUUGCUUAAGUUCAUAACUUAAAG